AUGGGAGACAGCGCGGGCGUGAGCUUCAACGGGGUGUACCCGGUGCCCCAGGGCCUGGCCAAGACGGCCCACGUGCAGAGCAUGGAGCAGUACGACGCCAUGUACAAGCGCUCGCUCGAGGACCCCGAGGGCUUCUGGGGCGACAUGGGCCGCCAGCACUUGGACUGGUUCCGCCAGUUCGACCAGGCCGUCGUGGGCACCGUCAACAAGGGCGACACGGCCUGGUUCCUCAACGGCGAGACCAACGUGAGCGUCAACUGCAUCGACCGCCACGUCAAGAAGCACCCGAACAAGACGGCCAUCAUCUGGGAGGCCGACGAGAUCGGCCAGGGCCGCGAGAUCUCCUACACGGAGCUGCUCGAGGAGACGUGCCGCAUCGCGAACGCCAUGAAGCACGCGGGCGUGCGGCGCGGCGACACGGUGGCCAUCUACAUGCCCAUGAUCCCGGAGGUGGCCUUUGUCAUGCUGGCCUGCACGCGCAUCGGCGCCGUGCACAGUGUCGUGUUCGCGGGCUUCUCGGCCGACUCGCUGCGCGACCGCGUGGUGGACGCCCGCUCGCAGUGGGUCUUCACCGCCGACGAGGGCAAGCGCGGCGGCCGCACGAUGCCGCUCAAGCAGAUCGUGGACGUGGCCGUGAACGGCCUCGACUUCGUGAAGAAGGUCUUCGUGUUCAAGCGCACACGCAACCCGGCCGUCAAGAUGAACCCGGCCAUUGACGUGGACAUGGAUGAGGAGCUGCUGCGCCACCGUCCGUACUGCCCCGCCGAGUUCAUGAACUCGGAGGACCUCAUGUUCAUCCUGUACACGUCCGGGUCCACGGGCACGCCCAAGGGUAUCGCGCACACCACGGCGGGCUAUUUGCUCUACGCCAUGCUGACGGCCAGGUACACGUUCGACCUGCACGACGACGACAUCUUCGCCUGCGUGGCGGACGCGGGCUGGAUCACGGGUCACAGCUACAUCAUCUACGGGCCGCUGGCCAACGGUGUGACCACCGUCAUGUUCGAGAGCACGCCAAUGUACCCGGACCACGGCCGCUACUGGGACCUGGUGCAGCGCCACAAGGUGACCAAGUUCUACACGGCCCCGACGGCCAUCCGCGCUCUUAUGGCCCGUGGUGAUGACAAGAUCAAGGACUACGACUUGUCAAGCCUGAAGAUCCUUGGUAGCGUGGGAGAGCCGAUCAACCCGGAGGCGUGGAAAUGGUACUACGAAGUUGUCGGCAACCGGCAAUGCUACAUCGCGGACACGUACUGGCAAACGGAGACCGGUGGCCACAUCGGCGUGGGUCUGCCUGGCGCGACGCCCAUGAAACCCGGUUCAUGCUCGAAGCCGUUCUUCGGUAUCGAUUUCGUGGUGACGGACGAGCACGGCAACGAGAUCAAAGGCAACGACAUUGACGGCCAACUGUGCAUCCGCUCGCCGUGGCCCGGCAUGGCCCGCACCGUGUACGGCGACCACAACAGAUACUUGAAGGUGUACAUGUCGUCGCACAAGGGUCUGUACUUCACGGGCGAUGGCUGUCGUCGCGACAAGGAUGGUUACUACUUCAUCACGGGCCGUAUCGACGAUGUUCUUUGCACGUCUGGCCACCGUAUCGGCACGGCUGAAGUGGAGAACACGCUGGUCGCGCACAGUGUCGUUGCUGAGGCCGCUGUGAUCGGCAUCCCGCACCGCAUCAAGGGCGAGGGUAUCUGCUGCUUCGUGACGCUGGUGGACGGCGUGAAGCCGAGCGUGGAGGUGCAGAAGGAGCUGGUGCAGCAGGUGCGCGCGCACAUUGGGGCGUUCGCGACGCCCGACCUGAUUGUGCUUGCGCCUGGACUACCGAAGACGCGCAGCGGUAAGAUCAUGCGUCGCGUGCUGCGCAAGAUCUCGCACGGCGAGGAGGACUCGUUGGGCGACGUGUCCACGCUGGCGGAUCCAGAGGUGGUGCCGACGUUGAUCAAGAACACGAAGGCGGCCUUGGUGGGCAAGUCGUUCUAA